AAGGAGUAGGACACAGGGCACGAGUUGGCAGCAUUCACUGUUUACCAACUGUGACCUUCGGGUUCGACCUUGUACUCUCCAGGACGGAAAUUCUCAGGGAGCACACAUUCCGGUCGGAAUUCGUGGGAACAGCAAAAUGAGGAAGACUGAUAGACUUUGAUUUUUUAUGAAGUAGCAAGGUCACCCACACAAAGUAAUUCCUCAGGCAGAAUAGGAUUUUGAAGACGUUUAGGAAGGGCUUAUAACAAUAAAGCAAUCUUAUUAUAAUUUAAUCAGUCUGACAGAAGCAGAGCGAAGAGGGGGGCAGCUGGCCAUAGGGACAGAAGGUUUUAUGAUAACUUUUUCAACUUGAACUUUCAUUAGCUAGAACACAGGAAAUAACAUUAGACAGAUCACAAUUAAAAGGUUACAAUCAAUGCCUCUUGAAGGAAGGCAGGGUAUCAGCUUCCACAACAUGGCUGGAUAGCUUGUUCCACACUCCCUCCUAUUCUUAGUUUUAAAAAAAACUUCCCCCUUAAUUUCCGCUUGUGUCCCCUGGAUGGUGUUUCACUGUACAUUCUACAGAUGCCCACUUUUUCAGUGCCUUCGAGGAUUUUAAAUUAUUUUAUCAGGUCCCCUUGUAGUCUCUCUGUUUAAGGUUAAAAUGACCCCAGUAUGUAUCUGGUCACUGUUCUCUACAUGGACUUGGUGGACUGAAGGGACUGCUCUCAUUUGUUAUUGUUUUUAGGAAUUGGUUCGUUUACGUCAUUAGUUCUAUGGGGUUCUAUGGAGCAUAUGUACAAUAUGCUCAUUCCUGAGAGUGACAUCUGUUGUCUAAUUCAUCCAUGGCUGUUUGACCAUGUUUGGAGAGCUAUACUGGACCAGUGAUAACUGGUGGUGGUUUUUGCUUGCAUUCCAGUAACUGAUUGAUUGGAACCUACAAGCUGUCCAGCAUAUUGAGGUAACCUGAAUUAAAUGUCUCCUCAAAUUGUUUUAGGGGUCAAGAAUUCAAAUGUGGUCAGAAAACACACUGACGGCCUUGUUACUUGGCCUUGUGGAAGGUUGGACUGCCUGAUCUGUCACUGAGAAAUUAGUUCUCCGUUUGUUGUUUUCUGUCAUUGUCAUGGUUACAGACACUGUGACCAAUGCUGUAGUUCCCUGGUUAUACACAAGAUCUUCUAAUAGCCUGAAGCGUCAGUCUUGAUAUGGGCUUCCUAGAGACUCAAUGAUAAACAUUCUCACUUUGCCUAAAAGCUUCCAUUUGUUUCCAAUCACAGCAGCCUUUCUCCUCCCAAUGUUGUUACAUUAUCAACAUCAUCAUCCCUACCAUAAAAUAUCACAUUAUCACAGCAUAAUUAGUAUUUUAAGUAUGACCAGUUCUGGUAGUACUCCGGAAAAUGUUAGGUUUUCACACUUAUCCAAAAUAUCCAAAAAUCUUGUUUUUUGUUUGUUUUGUCUUUUAUUAUUCUGCGUACCCGCGUUAACCCAUUAACCAUUUUCAGGCUGUUUUCUCAUUUUAAACAUUAAAAGACUACAUUUAGUGAACAGAGUCCAUAUAUUUUGAUCUGGUACAGUAGUUAAAAGCUUCAAAGUUUUUAAACUGCUGGGUUGUGUGCAAGAACCCAGUCCUAUCAGCACCUGGAGGUGGGGGGAGCGGAGUUAUGACACACAGGAAGUAGAUUUGCCUCAAAGUGCAUUGUGGGAAUCUUAUUUUUUUUUUGUCACGUUCGUCUUUUAUUCCAUUAGAAACUAUUACGUAAGGACUACAAAUCCCAAAACAAGAUUAAAACUAUAUUUCUUACCGGUUUGUUUUUUUUUAGAAAGCUGAGUGUUGGGGAAAGCGAUUUCUACUUGCUUUUGAGGGCAGUAUUUUUCCUAACAAUCAGAUGGCGGAACAUUGCUGAAGCAAUAUGUGUAAUAAGCAUGCGUUAAUGGAUGUAACGACUCAUUACGAUAAGUCUAAGUGUAGCUAACUGUAAAAGUAACUGAUAUUUUUUUUAAUUUAAAUGUGUACUAUUACUUUUUGCAAUAAAGUAUGAUUCGUAUUUACAGGGAAUUGCAUUAUUCCGGGAAGGUAACGGUGGCUGUCGGUUUACUGUGUUUUUGGUAUGCCAAUAGUCAUGUAUGACUAUAAUCGGAUAAUACUUUUAGGUUUUGAAUUUUGCCGUUGACGGAGGCUGUUGCUGUUUCUUUUUAGCAAUUAAACUGAGAAUUCGACUGUAAAUGCGGGGAUUGAUCGCUUCACAUUUUAAAAAGGUGUCAUAAUAGUUUAACUUAAUUCAAGGUUUGUGUUCGAAGAGAGUUACUAAAGACCUAAAAGCAAGCCCCUGCCUAUUUGGAUAGUGGAUUUAUUUUCCCGUGCUUGUCGGGGACCAUGAACGUUUGGGCGAGAGUGGGCAUCGCGGGCGCUGUGACGGGCGCUGCGCUGUACUGGCACCAGAGCCGGGCCACCCCCGCUGCCGCUGCCCCGAAGACCCGCGACCCUGAUCAGUACGAGCUGAAGCUGGUUCAGGCCCUGUUCAGACACGGCGCCAGGACUCCGCUGAAGUCCAUACCUGGAGUACCAGAGGCAGAAUGGCUCCCUGGCCUUCUGGCAGUGCCUCCGCACACACGCUUCGACUGCAGGGUCUGCGACCUCAGCGGCGGACCCACCCCUCCGUCUCCCGUGGAGGACAGCUACCGAGCGCGCACCCUCGCUGGUGGGGUGUUUCCUGGGCAACUGACGACUCUAGGAAUGCAGCAGCUAUAUGAUCUGGGCAAACGGAUGAGAGAAACAUACAUAGAGAAGCUACACUUUCUGUCACCAGCCUUCACCCCAGCAGAGGUCUAUGUGCGUUCCACCAACAUCAUACGAACAAUUGAGUCUGCAAGAUGUCUGUUGGCAGGAUUGUUCCAACAGAAGCAAAAAGGACCAGCCAAUAUCUUCACUUCUGAAGCAGAGGUCGAGAUUUUGUAUCCCAACAUCCAUGGAUGCAAGCUGCUAUAUCUGCUGGGCAAAUCCAGAUGGGAAGAGUCAUUUCUCCUCCCCGAGAUCGCUGACGAUUUGAAGAAGGUACAGAGCGCGCUGGGCAUCGCGGGGCACAAGGGCGUGGAUUUUGUCCUCAUCCGAGAUGACAUGGUGGCUCGGGAGACCCACGGUUUACCUGGUCCCGCAGAGCUGCAGAGCUGGAAGGACACUGUUGAACAGCGAGCUGUGGAAAUGAUUAAUUUCGCUUACCAAGGAAGUGGAAGGGAAGUCCUUCAGGUGAGUGUUGGACCACUGCUUCACACUUUGGUGAAUAAUAUCGAGGAAAAGCUUCAAGGAGAAGCGUCUUCAGGAGAAUCCAGGAAGAUGUAUCUGUAUUCUGUCCAUGACACAACUUUGAUGCCUUGUCUGAUCGCGUUGGGGAUCUUCGACUGGAAGUGGCCACCUUACGGGGCGGAUAUUACUGUGGAGCUGUACGAACACCGGACCACAAAGGAGGACUUUGUCAAAGUGUCUUAUAUUGGCCAGGCACAGCUAAUACGAGGCUGCAGUGACAUCUAUUGUCCAUUGAAGGAGUUUAAGAAAGCACUUUCGUCCUACACCCUUGAACUUGUGGGCUACAGAGCACUCUGCAAUAAGACUGAAAAUUGCCUUUCGGCACUAAGCUUGCCCAGCUUGGAGCUGUGUGCCCCCAUCAACCUCAGCCGUCAUGCAGCUGAAGGGCACUCGCGGUCCAAGUGA